AUGCUCAAAGCAGUUUUUGUAACUUUAACAUGUAUGGCUUUAAUCUGUUUUUUCGUCAUUCCCACAUUACGAUGUACAGGAAUUGCUACUUUUUCCGUUCUUUCAAUUUCUUAUACAUUGUUGGGCACACUCGGUUGGUGCGGUCAAGACAUAGACCCGGUUACAAUGAUUAAUUUAUUAAUGGCUAUCGGUCUUUCUGUUGAUUUCUCAGCUCACAUUUGUUAUCAUUUUGAUAUUUUGCAAGAAAAACAAAAGGAAAUUCAAACAGAAUCUCCAAUAAAAAAUAUUAAAAUUUUUGAACAAAAAGAAAUUGAGAAAAGGAUAGAACAAAUACUUGAGAUUGUUGGUAGGCCUAUGCUUGAGGCUGUCAUCUCAACAAUAAUUUGUAUUUUCCCGCUUUUCUUUAUCUCAAUUGAAAUUAUUGCUUCGUUUGCUAGAACUGUUUUGUUUUUAGGGUAA